UCAAAACCACAACAAAAUCAGCUGCUGUGAAAAAAAACUCAUGGAGAAAACCGGAAAGUAGAGAAAAUGAAUUUUCUAUCGCGAAUUAUCAGUGGCCCACGCGUUUAUCAGGUCGCGUUUUCACGGGCAACCAUUGUCCGUUCCGGUUUGCCAAGCGUUUCGCUCUCCGACGGUGCUCGCUUCUCCACGAAGACGACAAAACUCGACGUAGCUGGCGGGAACGAAACUGGCCGGAAAACGGCUGGCCCGGAGUCUUCCGGAAGUGCAAGAAAAGCCAAAACAUCGCCAAAGGUAACACUCAUCGGACAGGAUGAAUCGAUAUCCAUUGUGAAUCUAGAAGAAGCGACGAAAAUAUCGAACCGGAGGAAUCUGAAGCUGGUGAAAGUGACCGAUCUCGACUCGAAGACGCAGCGUCCGGUUUACCGCUUAAUGACUGGCUCGGAAUAUUUAACCGAGGAUCUGAAACGACGCGAGGAGAAGAAGAAAAGUAAACAGGACGCAACGGUAAAGGGGGACAAGCUGCUCACGAUCAGUGCCCGGAUAGCGGAGCACGAUCUCGUCUCGAAGAUACAGAACGUCCAGAAGUGGCUCACCAAAUCCUACGAGGUAAGGGUCGUGGUCACAGGAGAUGGUGCUGGAAGUAAGGGAAAGCAGGAGGACAUUGCCCAACGGUUCGAGACGAACGUCAAGGAGUGUGGCAAGAUCGUACAGAAGCGCUUGAGGGAUAACGAUUUACGAUUCAACAUACUGCCAGUUGCUGCUGGAAGUGCUUCGUCCUCCGCUACCGCUACCACUACCGCUGGCACUGGAACUGGCAAGCAGAAGACUUUGCUAGAGACGAAAGGAACGAAUAAUCCGUUGGCUGGUGGUGGCGAUGCACAAGCCGUCCGUGGCAUACACUAUCAGGCUAGCGGGUUGCUGGCGUGACAAUCACAGCACAAGGGCAGCAGCGAACAACUGUCGAACUGUAGCAAAGAGCCGAUUAAUGGAAUGAAGCGUUUCAAAGUCACGGGAUGUGUUGCGCUGGUUCUGUGCGUGAAGUAUGCCUUUUGGGCUUAUCUACUCAGGGGAGACAGAUGACCAUGCGGUGCUGCGGCACGCGUGCAACCGCGUGGAUUCGAGUGUAAAGUUUUGAAUAAUAAUAAACUAGCAUCAGUUUAGAUC